CUCCCUGCCGGGGCUUCUGGUUGGCAUUGUCUCGUCUUCGUCUCUUUCGCUUUUCUGGGUUACACUCUGGCUAGUGGCUACAUCAAUGGCUUCUCGACUAAUCGCCGCUGGAUUUCAUUCUUCUCUCUUACUCCGUGGCCGUCUCUUCCGCGCUUCACCCCUAUUUCUUGCACCUUUCCCUCCUUCCACUAUCAUCACAUUCACUCUUCAUCAAUCAUUCUUGCCAUUUUCAAAGCUUCCCACAAGACCCUUCUGUAGCAACAACAAAACAGCCCAAUCUACUGGUCGAAACCCCAAACUGGUCAACUUCUCCUCGCCGGACUCCGACUCCAACUCCGACGACGAAACGGCCAGCCAGACCACACCCACCAAGCAGAUCGACAAGAGCAAGCUACCCCCGCCGUACGACCCUUUCAGCAAGAAACCCGCCAUAGAAGAGCCGGACAACCCCAAGAACUUGCAGGAAGUGUUCCACAAAAUCCGAACCGGGGGGCUCUUCAACAAUGCCGUCAAGAUGUUCGACGGAUUGUCUAAGGACGGCCUGACCCACGAAGCUCUGGAGCUCUUCAGCCAGAUCAAGGACAAGGGUCACAUGCCCGACGUGGUGGCCCACACCGCCGUCAUCGAGGCCUACGCCGGCGCCGGGCAGCCCAAGGAAGCCCUCAAGGUGUACCGCCGGAUGCUGGCGUCCGGCGUGUUGCCGAACGCGUAUACCUACUCCGUGCUGAUCAAGGGGCUAGCGGGAUCGGAGGACUGGCAGAUGGUAGAGGAGGCGAAGAAGUACGUGCUGGAGAUGAUGGCGAAGGGGAUGAAGCCCAAUGCGGGGACUUACGUGGAGGUGUUCGAGGCGUUUGCGCGGCAGAUGAAGGCGGAGGAGGGGAGAGAGUUUCUGGGAGAGAUGAAGGCUCGCGGGUUUUCGCCAGACCAGAAGGCGGCCAGGGAGGUUCUCCGGGACCGGCGAGGCCCGGCGUUUCGGACUGUCAUGGAUAUACUCUUCGGCAAGUAGACUCGCUUCAUUUGCUUUCUAUCAAUUCAAUGGAAUGGCUAGUAAGUCAAAUCAACUUUUCACUGUCAAUUGCCCUACGCGAACUCGCUCGCUCGAGCUUUUGUUGGUAACUACCAUUCGAAGUCUCCUCCACCUCUAAACUUCUUGGUACAAUAUUUUGCAAGUCUUAAGUAUCAAUUUCCUUUUAAAAGGAUAGUAAGUUUGUGCAAUAUGAACAAAACAAUUUGUUCGACAAUUUUACUUAGAAGUUAUGGAGAAAGAGAUUCAUAAUUUCA